UGGUAAUAAACACUGCACCCGCCAGUUCCUUGUCGUUCUUAAAACAACAUACAUGAAGAAAAAGAUCCGUCUCUCUAAUUAAGGAUAGGAUAUUCCUCUCGCCGGAUCUCUCUUGGGGGAAGCAGAUCAAUGGACGAUCCGAUGCCUUCUCCAUACGCUCUUCUCUUUGAAGCUCUCUGGCUCAUCCCAAUUCGUCACUAUCUCUACGCUCUCAUCCUCAUCUGGACCGUAUUCUUCUACAAAUUCGUGGAGUUCCAUUUCCUUGGUGAGUAUUUCAGAGGUCGAGUGAAUCUCAUCUACAACCCAGAUUCUCCUAUUUACCACGGUGUUGUCUCUCGCUGCCGGACUCUUCACAGCCGGUAUGUGGCGACACCAUGGCUAGCGAGUCCUCAUCUUCAGACUUGUUUCCUUAAUUUCCAUGGAUUGCCUCCCGUUUUCACCUACACAAGAAAGCUCUUUCGUGCUUCUGAUGGUGGAACCAUUGCUCUGGAUUGGCUUACCAACUCCCAUGUUGUUGAUGGGGAUCCUCACAAUCAGAAGGAAAUCAGUAAAGAAGACACAACUCCCAUUGCUGUUGUUAUUCCGGGACUAACUAGUGAUUCUUCUUCUGCAUAUCUAAAGCACCUUGCCUAUAACACUGCAAAAUCCGGUUGGAAUGUUGUUGUUAGCAACCAUAGAGGAUUGGGUGGUGUUUCUGUCACUUCCGAUUGCUUCUAUAAUGCUGGAUGGACAGAGGAUGUACGGGUAGUUCUUGAUCAUCUUCAACACGAGUUCCCUAUGGCUCCUCUCUUUGCUAUUGGAACUAGCAUUGGCGCUAACAUUCUGGUGAAAUACCUUGGGGAAGAGGGUGAGAAGACUCCUCUGAGAGGCGCUGUUGCUAUUUGCUCUCCAUGGGACCUCUUGGUUUAUCUCCCGAAAAUUCAAACAAAGGUUGUACGACAGAGCUCUAACCAUCGGACUUCAAGGUUAUGCCCAAUUGUAUGUCCACACCUCAUUGGUCUAAGUACUGCCUAUAUUUUUGAGUUUGUAACUACUUUGAGAAGAUCAGGUUACAGUUACAACUCUAGUUUCAAUUGCAGACAUGAACCUCAGUAUACACGGCUUGCUAAUUGGGAAGGCAUAAAAAAGUCACGUUCCAUCCGAGAUUUUGACAAUCAUGCUACAUGUCAUGUCGGCAAAUUUGAGACUGUGGAUACGUUUUACCGAAAAUCUAGCAGUACCCAAUACGUAGGAAAUGUGGCGGUGCCGCUACUCUGUAUCAGUGCUCUAGAUGAUCCCUUAUGCACAAAGGAAGCUAUCCCUUGGGAAGAAUGCCGGGCAAACAAAAACAUCGUCUUGGCGACAACAAAUCACGGGGGACAUCUAGCGUUUUUCGAAGGAUUAACUGCAUCUAGCUUGUGGUGGGUUCGAGCCACCAACGAGUUUCUUGGCGCCCUUAGCUGCAGUCGUUAUAUGCAUAUUCAGAAAUUCAAUCUUGUGCAGAUUCAAGAGAGUGGAAGCUCAGGAUCGGGAAAGCAGGAUGAGACUUCGAUAAACCAAGGCCCGUAUCUAAACAUUGCAGAAGACGGGUUGGUGGCAGCAGCCAACUUGGAGGAAAACACCACACGGUCAAAAGAAGCAACACUAGUAUUGAACCAGAGAGGACCAAAGGUUAAAGAUAAGAGAAGCUUUAACGUGUUGUGCCGCCAGACAAAACGGUCCAUAUGGUUGCUUGGUUACAUAGGCAUGGUAACAGGUUUCCCUUUAGUUGGGAUGCUCAUGAACUACCUCUUUCGUAAGAAGCAACGACCCAUAACUGCCUCCAAAUCCUGAACAUGCUUUAUUUUCUCCUCCCUCAACAAUUUCAUUUGCAGAUUCUUAAUUUAAUAUCUGUCUUCUGGUUUGUUAGUAAUACGUAUGUUAAUAACAUUAUCCUACACAGUCCUAUAAUCCUAUUCCUCUACGCGUACGCAGAGGAAGAAGAGAAUUUAUGUGGAGAACUCCUCCUAACUUUUUGGUAGAAAUGUUGAAUAAUGCCUUGAAUC